UCUCCCGGCCCAGCUGACGAGGAAAAGGCCAUCGGCGCUAUCCCCACGAAACCCAUCAACUCGGGCGAUCUCGAGAGGAUAUGCGCGGAACAUCGGAAGUAUCCUAUCCUUUAUAAGGUCGAGUUCCAGAUGGCGACGAAGGUGGAGUGCCACUCCAUGCGGCACGCGCUCAAGGAGGCCAACGAACUCAAGAACCAGAACAAGAGGGUGCUUCCGUAUGACUACAAUAGAGUGGUUCUUGAGCCUCUGCCAGACUCCCCAGAUUCAGACUACAUCAACGCUUCCUAUGUCGAUAGCCUGCUAACACCCAAAGCGUACGUCGCGACGCAAGGUCCUCUGGAGAACACCAUCGCCGACUUCUGGAGAAUGGUGUGGCAGGAGAAAACGAGACUUAUUGUGAUGCUCACCAAGACUUUUGAUUUCAUUAAGGUGAUGUGCGUUCAGUACUGGCCGGCGAUGGUUGGCUGCUGCGACCACUACGAGGGAAUCAAAGUGAACUGCUGAAAGAGAGCAGGGCCACUUCCGAUCCGUACCAUCAGGCUCACCAGCGACGGCCAUUCAGAUUCUCGGGAGGUGGUGCAGUUCCACUACACUGAGUGGCCCUCACAUACGCAGCCCUUCAUUAACGCGCUUCUUGAGUUCCGCAGAAGGAUCAGAUUAUGGAUGAGAGCGAACAUAUUACCGCUGAUGGCCCCCACUAUUGUGCAUUGCAGUGACGGUGGUGCCAGAACUGGGGUCUUCAUGUCCAUCGAUGCCAACUUGGAAUUACACGAAGAAGAUGGGAAGUUCGAUCUAUAUGGUUACCUGAAGAAGAUGAGACAGGCACGCCGUGGACUUAUUGAGACAGUGGACCAGUACCGAUUUGUGUUUGAUGCUCUCGAGGAGUUUCUACUGUGCGGCUACUCUUUCUUCCCAGUCAGUGAACUCUCACAGCGGCUGAAGCAUAAAUCGAUGAAGGUCUUAGGCAACAAAAGCGAAUAUCAAGUUGAAUUUGAACUUUCACGGCGGGAGAGGAAAACAGCUUCAACAGAUAGUAUAUAUAUGAUCAUGCUUCUCAUCUACUUAAAUGCUACAUGCCAUGCCAGCAUAUACCAACAAGAUUUUAUACCAAAUAUCAAAGUACAAAUUUGCAAGAUGACUCCCAGAUUUACCAUUGGAGAUUGUGCAGGUGGCCAUCGAGCUGAUAACAGAGUCAAGAAUCGCAAUGUUCUUUGUGUUCCACUUAAAAGGCAUUUUCAGUGUCAUGACUGUACCUCAAUCCCAGACCAUAUAGUUAUACCAAAAUUACUGGUGCUCAAAAACCCUAUCCAGUCUAAGGUGAGGUUCCUGACUUUUGUAUUGAAAGGUUACUUAAGGCCUCGAGAAUACGUUGUGGCUGAAUGGCCCCUAAGGUCGACCAUCUCGGACUUCUGGUCUCUUGUGUACGACCACGAUGUAACAUCCGUUGUGGUCCUCUGCAACCCUCUUCUAGCAGAGGCUUCGUGGAUGCCUCAUGAGUCCUCCGGAAAUCUGGUAAGAUACUGGGAAUCUGUACUUUCAUAUGCUGAGCUGUUCUUAUUGUUCAAACACUUUGCAACAGCACUUUACAGAUUCACUUCUAAUAUCUGUGGCAUUUUUCCUUUUCCCAGUAAUCCUUCUGAGUGUGAAUGUGUAAAGACUCGUGGCAUGUUCUGCCUUCUCUCUGUCAGUGUUUUCUUCCUUUCAUUUCCCAGGAGUUUGGUCCCAUCUUUUCAGGGCUACACCCAUCCACGAGAGUACAUAGUGACGGAAUGGCCGACUACUCAGACGUUGGGAGAUCUCUGGUCAUUGGUUUUUGACCACGAUUGUAGUGCAGUAGUGGUGCUAUGUGAUCCCACGAAUGCUGUGAACUACCCUCCAUUUUGGCCGGAGAAGCAGAAAAGCAUGAAAUAUGGUCCAGUCUUCACCAUCGACCAUAUAAGCCACCAACACUAUCAAAAUAUACGCUCCUGGGUAUUCAAAAUCAGCAAGAAGAUUAUUUCACCUCAUCGCACAAGGCUGGGGGCAGUUGUAGACGAAAUGCAAGGGAAAAAUAUUGUCUCCUUGACGGAACUUAUGGCAGGCAUCAAAGCAGAACCCAAGACCUGCCACCUCUUCCAGUUGAUGUGUUGGCCUCAAGGUCACAAGGUGCCAACAUCCACUAAUGCCCUCGUGGAGCUUAUGAACAUGGUUGAACGUUGGAGGCAGCGAACAGGAUAUGGUCCAGUUGUGGUUGUUAGUCCUGAUGGUAUGAGUCGAGCCGGGGUCUACUGUGCAGCCAAUGCAUGCAUAGAACAAGUCAUUCAGCAUGGAGAAGUCGACGUUUUCCAGGCAGUUAAGACAGUGAGACGACACCGCCCACAGCUCAUUAAUAAUAUGACGGAGUACAAGUAUUGCUAUGAUCUGGUACUCCAUUAUGUACUUCAUUUCCUUUCAAAGGAGGUAAAGAAAUGAGACCGGCUGGUGGGGCAGGUGGAUGUGAACCCAAUAGGACCAAAACCCCCCUUGAACACAUGAUGACAAGCUAUUAAUCAUCGAAGUGUUAUGAACUAAUCCUGAGAAGUGUUGUGAACUUAAGCCAAGGAAGUUCCAUGACCCUUCUGAGCCUGUGCUAUAACCCUGAUCCUGCAUGCAUUAUGGACUUUCAUAAUGUUGAAUGUGAUGUGAUUCUUUGCAGAAUGAAGAAUAAUGGAGACAAGAACCACAGCAAAAGAAGAAAAUGAUAGGAACAGGCACCAAGAUCUCUGACACUGGAAAUGUCAAGAGAAACUGAAAAUGACAUUUUGUUACCUACAGUCUGUGCUGUAUCAGUCUAACUGGAGUUCGUUGUUGUUGUUAAUGAUGUGCUUUGUUACAUGGCUUUUAACGGUUAGUUCUAUAUGGAAUGGUAUGGGACACACUCUAUUUUGCACUAUUAAAAAAAUAAUCUUUUUGAAUGGCCACAAUUUUAUGCAAAUAUUAGUUUUUUGAAAUAUUCAUAAACUUAUUUUUGUAUCUUAAAGUUUUAAUAAUACCAUCUUUGUACAUUAUAGAGGACAAUUUUUUUCACAGUGUCUUUUCUUUUUUUAUAUAUUGUAGGUAAGAGUAUUUGCUGGCUUGAUUUUGUAUUAUGCUUGUUAGUUUCAUGUUUUUUUAUCAGGCAUAUAUAAUAUUUUACCUAAUGUAAUUGAAUUUAUGGUGCAAAAUAAUUACAGUGAUAAGAUUACUGAAGUUGGUGUAUCUAUUGUUCUGUUCUUUGUUGUCUAUAUAAAUGAACACCCAGGUGGUGAAUUCUUAUACUAGCUGCAGUGCACUAAAGGAUUAUUGUUAUAAGCUAAAGCAUUUUUGCUUUUAAAUGCUAAGUUGAAUAUAUAUUCCUCUUGAUUAUUUGAGAUAUUAGUAUUUCUCACUUACAAAAGACCAUUAUGAUUAGAUAUUAUGUAGUUGUGCUAGAUUCUUCACUGUCAAUUUCAAUAAGCAAGCCUUUGUAAUAGGGGUCUGGGCCUCUCUUGCUACAGAAGGAUGCAAAGUACAUAUUUCCUCAGUCUUAACUGGGAAUCCUAUUAGUUCAUUAUUUUUUAUUUUUCCGUUUUUGUAAUCUGGAACUGUUAGCACAUAAUACAGCUCAAUUUUACAAAUAAUACCAGUGAAUAUCAGUCAUGUUACCACUAGAAUUCUCCACUUCAUGUAGGUUAAAGAGCCGUUCAGAAGCCAAGCACGUCAUUUCUUUGAGUGAAUAGGGUCUUUGAUAAAUUAUGUUUUAAGAUAUUUGUAUAUAAGUCAUUGCCUAGCUGUUUAUAGUUAUUUUAAAUGGUAAGAUGACAGCCUGGCUUAAGAGAUUUAGCCCAAUACAAGCAUUCCUUUCCCUUUCUUCCUGACCUACUGGCCACCUCUGUACUUCGGGGAUGAAACCAGCUUUGGCACACCUAACGCAAUAAACUUCAUAAAUGGUUGCUAAUCAUUGCUCAAACUUUUCAUCUUUUUUAGAUAUAGUGAAGAAAGUUGCAACUAGGAAAAUAUAUAACAAUUUUGAUAAUGGUAGAUGAGCAUCUCUUUUUUUUUUUUCUUUUUUUUUUUUCUUUUACAUAUAUAUAUAUAUAUUUAGCCAAUGCACCCAAAGUACGGAAUUGCAUCAUGCCAUUCACAGCAAAUGAGAUUCUUAAUAAUGUAAUCUGUUGGAGGUGGAGGAGUAGGUGUGUUAUCAUUAUUCUUGAUGUUUUCUUUCUGUCUUUUUUUUCACAUGGUUUUCUUUUUCUUUUCUUUUUUUCAUUCUCUCUCUUUUCUAAUUUUACAAUCGUGAAUUUUAUUUUACCUUGAAAUGUUUUCGAUAUUUUAUUCAUUCCCUCUUUUCUCACUUUUUUCCGUGUCUCAUACUUUGUUGUCUCUUUUUCUUUACUUUUCAUGUUGUUAUUAUAUACAUAUGUAUUCAGAAGUUAUGUCCCCAGAAAAAUGGUCAUUAAUGUUCACUACAUUGUAUUGCCAUUUAUAUAUACAUAAGAUUUUGACAAUAUGGAAUGUUUCAAACUAAGAAUGUUAUCCUUGCACUCAAAAUUAAAAUAAGGGAAAACUUCAUUAAAACUUGUUACUAGGAAAGCACAUAACCAGGUCUGAUUAUCUAUGACAAUCUAUUUAAUCUUGAUUAAAAAAGAAACACAACGAUUUCUGAAAGUUAUGUACUGGAUUUAACUGUAAAUAUGAGUAUUCAGAUGUAUGCAGGAAUGUAAGGUGUGUGUGUGUGUGUGUGUGUGUGUGUGUGUGUGUGUGUGUGUGUGUGUGUGUGUGUGUGUGUGUGUGUGUGUGUGU